UGGACACGGCCAAAGGCGCGGUGGAGACCUUCAUGAAGCUCCGUGCCCGGGACCCCGCCAGCGGAGGAGACAGGCCAGAUGGAAAGAAAACCACGCAACGUUUAUGAAUGAACUGAAAAACCUUCAGGCUGAAGGACUCACAACACUUGGCCGAUCUCUAAGGACAGCUUUUGAUUUAUUAAAUUUAAAUAGAUUAGUAACUGGCAUAGACAACUAUGGGCAGGGAAGAAACCCUUUUUUCUUGGAGCCAGCCAUAAUACUUACUAUUACUGAUGGGAGCAAGUUGACCACUACCAGUGGAGUCCAGGAUGAGCUCCAUUUACCUCUUACCUCUCCUCUGCCCGGGAGCGAGCUGACCAAGGAGCCUUUCUGCUGGGACCAGAGGCUCUUCAUGUUAGUGCUGCAGCUGCCGGGCACCGCAUCGGGGGACCCAGAGCCCUUGACUGGCAUGCCUCUUGACAACUCCGCCAUCAAGCCCACGUGCGAGGUGACAGGCGGGCGCUCGUACUCUGUGUGCUCCCCAAGAAUGCUUAACCAGUGCCUGGAGUCCUUGGUGCAGAAAGUGCAGAGUGGGGUGGUGAUAAACUUUGAGAAAGCAGGACCAGACCCUUCCCCUGUAGAAGAUGGGUAGCCAGACGUACCAAGGCCUUUUGGACCUCAGCCUUGGCACAGCUGCCAUAGACUCAUAUAUGUCAGACCAAAUCCUAAAACUGGGGUUCCUAUAGGUCACUGGCCUGUUCCAGAAUCUUUUUGGCCAGAUCAGAAUUCUCCAACACUACCACCUCGUACAUUUCAUCCUGUAGUGAAGUUUUCCUGUACAGACUGUGAACCGAUGGUUAUUGACAAGUUGCCUUUUGACAAAUAUGAGUUGGAACCUUCACCUCUGACUCAGUUUAUCCUGGAAAGGAAAUCUCAAACAUGUUGGCAGGUGUAUGUGAGCAAUAGUGCAAAAUAUAGUGAACUUGGCCAUCCCUUUGGUUACUUGAAAGCCGGCACAGCCCUGAACUGUGUCAACUUACUUGUGAUGCCUUACAAUUACCCCGUCCUCCUCCCCCUUUUAGAUGACUUGUUCAAAGUGCAUAAGGCGAAACCUAUACUGAAUUGGAGACAGUCAUUCGAGAGCUACCUGAAGACGAUGCCUCCCUACUCCCUUGGGCCUCUGAAGAAAGCUGUCAAAAUGAUGGGAGCCCCUAGCCUAAUAGCAGACAGUAUGGAAUAUGGGCUGGGUUACAGUGUCGUUUUGUACCUCAAGAAACUGAGUCAGCAGGCCAAAAUAGAAUCUGAUCGAGUCAUUGGACCUGUAGGCAAAAAAGUAGUACAGGAAACUGGCAUUAAAGUCCGAAGAUGAUUGCAUGGUUUAUCAACGGCUUACAGGAAAGAUUUCCAACAACUGCUCCAGGGGAUCUCAGAGGAAGUUCCUCACAGGAUGCUAGACCUUAACAUGAAAGAGUAUACCGGCUUCCAGGUUGCUUUGCUCAAUAAGGAUUUGAAGCCACAGACCUUUAGAAAUGCAUAUGAUAUUCCCAGACAGAAUCUUCUGGAUCACUUAACAAGAAUGAGGUCUAAUCUUCUGAAGAGCACCCGCAGGUUUCUUAAAGGACAGGAUGAAGAUCAAGUGCACAGUGUUCCUAUAGCACAAAUGGGGAAUUACCAGGAAUACCUCAAGCAAGUACCUUCUCCCCUGUGAGAACUCAAUCCUGACCAGCCGCAGAGGCUGCAUACGUUUGGCAAUCGCUUUAAGCUGGAUAAGAAAGGUAUGAUGAUAGAUGAAGCAGAUGAAUUCGUGGCUGGACCUCACAGUAAGCAUAAACGGCCUGGAGAACCAAAUAUGCAAGGGAUCCCGAAAAGGCGCCACUGUAUGUCCCCCCUGCUGCGCGGCCUGUUGCAGGGUCCCGUCGCAAACAACCACAUCGGAGGAAAAGGGCCGCCUGCGCCUCUGGCGCAGGCCCAGCAGGAUCUCAUUAAACCCCUGACUCUUCACAAAAUUUCAGAAGACACUAACGAUUCGACAAUAGACGAUGUGGUUGAAAAUCAUGUGGUUGACCACCUCUCACCAGAUGUGACACCAAACGCUGUGGGUGCCGACUUCUCAGCAUCUUCUGCAGCCAGCUCACUGGAACGACCAGCCAAUCACACAGAGGCUCUGGGUCAUGACCAUCUAGGAAGCGAUGACCUCAGCAUUGGUGGGUUUUUAGAGAAUCAUGAGGAGCCAAGAGAUAAAGAACAGUGUUCUGAAGAGAAUGUACCAGCAUCUUCACUCAACAAAGGAAGGAAAUUGGUGCACUGCAGAAGCCAUGAGGAGGUCAACACUGAACUAAAAGCACAAAUAAUGAAAGAGGUCUGAAAGCCAGGGAGAAAAUAUGAAAGAAUCUUCACUUUACUGAAGCAUGUUCAAGGCAGUUUACAAACAAGACUAAUAUUUUUACAGAAUGUCAUUAAAGAAGCAUCAAGGUUUAAAAAACGGAUGCUAAUCGAACAACUGGAGAACUUCCUGGAUGAAAUUCACCAGAGAGCCAAUCAGAUCAACCAUAUCAACAGCAAUUAGAAGUAAACAGUCCGUGGCCGCCGUGUCACUGUCCUCUCCAAACACAAAGUAAACCCAAGGUUGCCCUGGUCUCGUGCUCAUUGACAUGCACUGUUGGCUGUCUGAGAUGCUAGGAGCAAGUCCGCAGACCCCUUCCCAGCAUUUCACAGUGACCUUUUCUGCAUUUUGGUUUAUUUUCGUAAUGUGAAAAGUAUCACUCAAACACAUUU